CGCCUUCAUAUCACAAAGCGGUGUAUAGCCAUGAACAAGAAUCACAUUCUUUUAACAGAGCUCGACUGUCUGACAUGACAUUUACUUCAUUCACCAUAUGUAGCCUAAUGGUUCACAUGCCUAUUUGAAAUCCAUGAAUUCGGCCAACACAGUAAGGAAACAGAUUUAGCCUACUUCUGGACUAGUCUGCAUGAUCUCCAAACGGAAUACUAAGCAACUGUUUGAAGUUGUUACAUCUUGAGAACAGCAACAGUCGAUCAUUGCAGCAGUCCACGAAUUGGUUGAAUUCGCUUACGCCUCGUGUUGUGACACGCGCCACCACCGUGAUCAUUUCUUCGCCUUGACUUCACAUAAACUACCACGACGGAAAGGCCAGCCAUGGUGAACAGCCGGGUGGAGGCAUCAGCCGUGGCGGUGACAGGCGGCAGCUCGUCAGGCAGGUCCUGCGCAGGCUGCGGCGGGCGCAUCACUGACCGCUUCCUACUCUUCUCCAUGGAGCGCUACUGGCACACGCGCUGCCUCAAGUGCUCCUGCUGCCACGCCCAGCUGGGUGAGAUCGGCACCACCUGCUACAGCAAAGGGGGCAUGAUCCUCUGCAAGAACGACUACAUCAGGCUGUUUGGGCACAGCGGGGCAUGCAGCGCCUGUGGCCAGUCCAUCCCUGCCAGUGAGAUGGUGAUGCGGGCACAGGGCAACGUGUACCACCUCAAGUGUUUCACCUGUGCCACCUGUAGGAACCGGCUGGUGCCGGGCGACCGCUUCCACUACGUUAAUGGCACCAUCUUCUGUGAGCACGACAGGCCAGGGGGCGCUCUACUCCGCAGUCACCUGACCCCACUGCAGGGGAACGGCAUGAUGUCUGACCAGAAGGUGUGCUGAAGGAUGGAUGACAAAGCAACGUGUGCCUUUUCCCCCCCACCUCCUGCUCUUUCUCCUCCAUCUUUAAGUUUGUCCUACACCAGCCAUCCCUUUGUUCAGAUAUUCCUAAAUCCAUUCUCUGGAUACUGCUGCUAGUGUCCAGUGGCUUUCUAAACAACACGUCAUUCCCAACAAAAUCAUAUUUCUUCUGUUCAUAGAGAAUCAUGUUCUCAACCUUCAAGGGGAAGAUGCUGAGGAGGGAAAGACUAUUGAUGAGGAUGAUUUAUACUGUCAAGCCAAGCCAGUGUCCAUUUCUGGUAAGGCCAAUGGUGACUGACUGCCCUGAGAGGAGGACUAUGGCAUUUCCAGUGAUGGACCAUUCACUUUCCUUAGCCAGCACAAAACACUACGGGGAGAGAGAGAGAAGACCUGGACUAAUACGGAAACACGUAUAAACUGGUUCUGGUCAGGGGCUGCUUCAACCAAGCUACAGUAUACUGACUCUUGAAACAUGAAGAGCACAUUCAAACAAGACAGGCCACACACAUAUGCAACACUUUCUGAGCUCAGAUUCACUAGACUCCUUCAUCUGUUGCGAGAAACAGGAAAUACUGUGGUUGCAGUGCUAUGCUGCCGUAGCUGUGUUUCACCUGACUGGUGAGUCUGGCCGAACAAGUAAAGAUCAAAUACACCUGCCUGGAUGUCUCAUUUACACAAAAAAAAAUAUUCUCUGUGUACAAAAUUUAAGAAUGUCUGUAGAAUAUUCAUCAAAACACAACUUUUAGUCCCAUGAUUCUUUUGUACUACAAGUGGUUGCCUUUUUGUAGAUUUUCUUUGAUAUUUAGUUGUGUUUUCAGUUGAAAAUGGUUUGUGGGGUUAGGAAAUUUACUCAUGUUUAUGGGAACAUAGAAAUUAUGCAUUUUGUAAUUGUUUUAAAAUAUUUUUUUAUUCCGGUGACAAUUGUAAUUCCAACAUGACUUCGCCGCAGUGUUCCAUACGUCCUAAAUGUAUUCUCAUGUGUGGUGGUGGAAGAGAAGGUCCAAGUUGAACUGGUCCACAUUUAACUUGGGUAAUGUUGAGUAUGGCUCACUGUAGCAGUUUUCGAAAAGACAAAUAAGUGUUUCUUAUUGGAGAAAUCCAGGUAGUCCCUACCUGGUUCAGGCUGUUUUCUUCAGUUUGGUACCUAAUGAACACGAUCCAGGUUGAGGAAAUAGGGGAGUGGCAUGGGGAUGGAAAGAAGUAUAAACUGUAGAUAUUUUUUUUUCUAGUGUUGUAUUGUGUACUCUCUAUGGUUAAAUUUUGUCAUCGUGUUGCCUUUGCUUGAAACAAAGGCCCAUUUUCAAAUGCUGUAAAACAUUUCAAAAUAACUACUCAUAAUAUCGCGAGUCACUUCUGUCACAUCUAACGAGUGAGUGAUUGGAUAAUAUUUACAUGCCGCAGGAUGAAGGAGAGUGUGUCGCGAGGUGUAAUGCUUUCAGGGCUUGGACAAACAUGGCUGACUUUCCAAGGCUUGAUCCGGGGCCAGUACAGAAGAUAUGUAGGUGGUAGGAGAUAAAGGACUGGGCUGGAGUCUAAUUAAAAAGGGAGAGACCCCUUUCCUGUUCCUGUGGGUGUUUUAGAGGAGCAGCUGUUGACUUUACAGCAACAACAAACGGAAGAAAUUAGCCUUUUCCUUCACCGUUCUACUAAACUCUAUAAUUGUAUCACUGUUCUGUUUCUUUACAAUGUCUGAAUGACAUUUUCACUUAUUUGCUGAGUUCUGAACUUGGUAGUUGGAGUAGAGGGCUCUAUACUCAUAGUACUGGAUGGCAUUUUGCAGUAUUUUUUUGGGGCACGCAAACGCCUCUCCGAUCUUAUUUAGUUAGCUAAUUAAAUUCCAUCUUUUUGUAGGUACCUUUUGCCUAGAAAUCACACGGUGUUCUCUGCCAGUCGACCUUCGUGAUCCUCUUUUACUUAUCGUUCCGUGACUUUUCUACGGAGAGAAAUUAAAACCAAACAUGCAACAGGCCUACAAAGAGGAUGAAAAAAAAAAUAAUCUAUGAAGUUUUCAGCUGUGAUUUUAAAAAAUAAUAUGCCAUGAGAAAACUCUUACCGUAAGUCUCUGUGCCUCCCUCGGCUGGUCCUCCUUUAGGGUUAGCCAAUUUUAUUUUACCUUUAUUUAACCAGGCAAGUCAGUUAAGAACACAUUCUUAUUUUCAAUGAACAGUGGGAACAGUGGGUUAACUGCCUGUUCAGGGGCAGAACGACAGAUUUGUACCUUGUCAGCUCGGGGGGCUUGAACUCGCAACCUUCCGGUUACUAGUCCAACGCUCUAACCACUAGGCAGGCGCUGACAUUCAAAAUAACAAUGGGCUUUUUAAUGAAUGGCUGGAUUUGAAACCAUUUCUAUUGUAAUAAUGCAGAAUAAUUUAAAAUUAGCACACUCCUCGGGAUCUUCAGACCUAUAAUCCAGUUUCUUAUCUUCAAAACUUUUUUGUCAAGAUAUUUUUGGCAUUCCCCCAAUUUUUCUAAUAGGACUUCCAUACUUCCAGACACAAGUGGGGUUCAAUCAGAAUAAACCUGAUCUGAAAGAACUACACAAUAAAGCAAUAUCUCUUCAACCAAACCUACUGAAGAAAACAUUUGACAUAUUUUCUAGCACCUGUUAUCACAUUGCAGUUACCUAACCAGUCCUUAACGUUAGUGUGGAUGUUUAAAGAAACGAAGGAGAACUGCAUACUGAUAACAUCCACACAAACAGUCUCUCUAACAGUUCUAACCAAUGUCACAUGCAAUGUUCAAUUUGUAUACCUAAUUACGAUUUUAUUCAAUAGCUUUACUAAUAGUCGUCUCAUCAAAAUAAAGUGAAAAAACUCCUCAGGCAAUCCCUUUAACUGUUCGGUCAAGGUUAUAAGACUGACACUGAACAUGAUCAAGAAACUAUUGAUUAUAGGUAACUCAUUCACUGGAAAUUCCAUAAUUAAACAUUAUUUACUGA